AUGCUGUUCCCCGGGAAUGAGUCCUGGUCUGAGGCAGAGGAGAACCGCACCGGGGCUCUCGUGGCCCUUGGAGGUCCAGGGGCCCCUGACGGCCCGGGCCCCGAGGCCGUGGUGGUGCCCGUGCUGUUCGGGCUGAUCUUCGCCCUGGGGCUGGUGGGGAACUGCCUGGUGCUGGCCGUGGUGGGCAGAGCCCGGUAUGGGAGCGGGCCCGGUGUUCCGCGGGGGGUCUCCGCGGGACAAAGUCCCACAAACCUGUUCAUCCUGAACCUGAGCGUCGCGGACCUGUGCUUCCUGCUGGUGUGCGUGCCCGUGCACGCCACCAUCUACUCCCUGCCCCAGUGGCUGUUCGGGUCCUUCCUGUGCACGUUCGGACACUACGUGUUCACGGUGUGCAUGCUGGUCAGCGUGUUCACGCUCAGCGCCAUGUCCGUGGACCGGUACGUGGCCGUGGUGCUGUCGCGGAGGGCCGCGUGCGUGCGCAGCAGGAGGAACGCGCUGCUCGCGGUGGCGCUCACGUGGAUCCUGGCGCUCGUUCUGUCCGUGCCCGUGGCUCAGCACCAGGUGGUCACCGGACACCCGCACGCGCCCAACAGCACGUUCUGCUGGGAGCGCUGGUACGGGCCGUCCCGGGCCGCGUACCGAGUGACCGUGGUGAUGCUGGGGUAUGUGCUGCCGCUGCUGCUGAUCUGCGUGAGCUACAGUAAGGUUUUGUUCCAUCUCCACAAAAAGAUGAAGAACAUGUCCAAGAAGUCAGAGCGCUCCAAGAAGAAGAGGCCGCAGCUGCAGAUAGACGACCCCUCUGCCAACGGAGCGGCAGGAACAGGCCGCCGUGCGUGGGAGCGGCGGCGGCGUGUUUAG